UUAAUUUUCUAAUAUCUCCUCGCUGAGUGGGGGUAACCUCCAUCCCAGGCGACCGUCGACGCCGGGCAGGGCGGCCAUCUCGGCGUGCCACGUGACCCGUCUGGCUCUCAGCUCCUCCAGUAUCCCGGCGUGCUGCGCGACCGGGCCGCCGCUCCUCCAGUAUCCCGGCGUGCUUCAGCAGCGAGUGACCAUGGCGGCGGUGCGGGAGGAUGCAGGGGAGGAUAAGGAGAACCGGGCGGCGGAGCUGGGCGCUACCCUCAGCCUGGAAAUCUUGCAGAUCAUCAAGGACUCUCAGCAACAACAUGGCCUACGACAUGAAGACUAUCAGAGAUACAGGGGUUACUGUUCGCGCAGACUACGCCGUCUCAGGAAAGCACUUGGCUUUAAAAUGGGAAACCGUCACAAGUUCACGGGCAAGAAGGUCACAGUGGAUAUUCUGUCAGACAGCAGGUAUUUGCUGCUGGUUCUAAUGGAUGCAGAGCGAGCUUGGAGCUAUGCCAUGCAGCUGAAACAAGAAGCAAACACUGAACCUCGCAAACGCUUCCACUUGUUCUCUCGGCUCAGGAAAGCUGUCAAGCAUGCAGAAGAGCUGGAACACUUGUGUGAAAGCAAUUGUGUUGAUGCAAAAACAAAACUGGAAGCUCAGGCGUAUACUGCCUAUCUUAAAGGCAUGCUGAGUUUCGAGCUGCAAGAAUGGAAAGGUGCUAUGGAGGCUCUGCACAAAUGCAAGACAAUCUAUGAGAAGCUAGCUAGUGCAUUCACAGACGAACAGGCAGUGCUGUACCGUCAACGUGUGGAGGAGAUCUCGCCCAAUAUCCGUUAUUGUGAUUACAAUAUAGGUGACCAGACUGCAAUAAAGGAGUUGAUCCAGAUGCGAAUGAAAUCGGGGGAGAGUGGAGGUCUAUUAGAUACUCUGCUAACGCAGACCAGAGCCAAGCACGCUGCCACUAUGAGUGAAGUGGAAUGGAGAGGUCGGGUCAUCCCGGUGAAAAUUGAUAAAGUACGCAUCUUCCUCCUUGGGCUUGCAGACAAUGAAGCAGCAAUUGCACAGACGACAACAGAUGAAGCCAAGGAACGCUUGUAUGAGAGCCUGUUGAGUGAGUGCCGUGAUGCCAUCCAGGCAGUCCGUGAGGAGCUGAGGGUUGAUCCGGCACAGAAGCAGCGAGAGCGAUCUCUGGAGCCUGACUCAGGGAAGGUGUCUGUCCUGCAGUAUCUCCACAGCUAUCUUACAUACAUUAAGCUUUCCACGGCAAUAAAACGCAAUGUUAUCAUGGCUGAAGCCUUGCAGAAGCAGCUGAGUGAACCAACACAAGAUGAAGGGAAGCGUGUGCUGCGGCCGCAGGACCUGAUCCGGCUCUAUGACAUUAUCUUGCAGAAUCUUUCAGAGCUGCCGCAACUCUCAGGGCUGGAAGAUGAUAAAGAUUUCCAGGCAGAAGUGGAGCUGAAGACUUUAGUUUACAAGGCCUACCGGUGUUUUUUCAUUGCUCAGUCCUAUGUGCUAGUGAAAAAGUGGAGUGAAGCCCUGGUUCUAUAUGAGCGAGUCCUUAAAUACACCUCUGAGGCACAGACCCAAACUACAAAAUUGACAAGUAUUUUACAGGAUCUCCCUGAUGUGAAAGAACUAGCAGCACGGGUCAAUGCUGAGAAAUACUCUGUACAGGCAGCUGCUAUUUUAGACACUGAGGAUGUUGCUGAGAUGGUAUCACAGCUUCAGGUCAAAGACAAUAAGCCUCUCAGUGAGUGUUGGGAUGUAUUCCGCAUCGACCCCUCUUUGGUCACCAAACAUGCCAAUCUAGUGCGGUUCCCGCCAGACUUCCAGCCCAUUCCCUGCAAGCCCCUGUUCUUUGACCUGGCUCUGAACCAUGCUGUAUUCCCAGCUUUGGAGGACAAAGUGGAACAGAAAGGGCGAGGAGGCCUCACUGGUUACAUCAAAGGUUUCUUUGGCUUCCGUGGCUGAAGUUUGGAAUGGAUUAAAUUCCUAUGUUUCAUGUAAUGGUCUGACUAUUGCUGCAUCUUUGAAAGCAGUUUUAAUGCCUCAAAUGACAGCAGAAACAGAACACAGCAGACCAAACAGAACCCUCGUGCCAGCCUCUCAAGAUCCUGGAAUCAAUCAACCCUGUCUUAUCUACAGCACUGAAUGGCCCUUGUUUCCCAUAAACUUGUGAACGUGCCUGAGUUUAUAGGGUCAAUUCCUGUCAGCAAAACAGUAAACUUACUAACGUACAAGCUCCUCAAACUGUUUAACAAAAAAAUACAGCUCAUGUUUCAAUUGCGGUUUUCUUGAUUAAGCCAAAAACAAUUAUGCUUCACCAAACCUGAGUGGAUUCCAAGAGAAAGUCUGCUAUUUUUUUUUCCUGCCCUUGUCUGUCAAUCUGAUUGUGGCUGUUGGUUAGGACCAGUGUAACUUGGGGAGUGCUAUCAUAAGUUAGAUGACCUCACAUUUAUUUGUUAAUUUCUUUAAAAGUAGCUGCCAAAAAAAGGUGAUUAAGCGGCAAAACAUCCAGAUAGAGUUCAGUCAGGAAAACUUUAUAAAAUAUGUUGCAUGUUAUGUUCUUCCUUUCCCUAUUCCUUUCUCUGCUUUAGUAUCACCUCCCUCACCUCCCUCCCAGAGAGGACUUAACUCACUCUUGCAGUAAUUUGCCAUAUUACUUAUGAUAUAUACAUGCAACAUUCCAUAUUCAUAUUGGGCCUUGCAAUUUAACCCUUAGUUCCCCAGAGAUUUUGAGGUACCUUCAAUCCUUGUGUUGAGGGUGUACCAUUGUUCAUGAGGACCAUGAUGCUUCAGAUCCAAAUUUCUCACCAGUUUUCAGACUGAUGCUGACUCCUUGAACCAGACUGUCUCUUGUAUGUGAUGGUUUCCUGCUAAAUUUGGUGAAGAAUCUGAUCACAUAGCUCCACCUUUUAUGAGUCUGGGGCCAGAAUUGUUGUCCUGUAUUCUUGAGCAGGACCCAGUAAAGAGGAGUCACUGGAGAAAUCUGAAACAAACAGUUCUAUGCCCACAGCAAUUUCCCAUCCAGCUGACCAGAUACCAGCCUGCAAGCCCUAACUGGUGCUAGUCUCUCAUUCGUAUAGCUGCUGCAUACAGAGGGCGUGACGGUUUGGUGUUUGUUCACUGAUGAUGUAAACACUGGUUUAACAUAGUUGUCCAGUUCUUCAAAUGGUCCACGGUCGUAACAGGCCAGCCUGGGGAACAGUACAGAAAGCCAGUAUAGUGCUGGGUUACGUUCAUUCAGCUGUGUACUGGAACAAAGCCAUCUCGGUGCCACCUCUUCUUUUUACCUAACAAAUUAAUUUGUGCCCCUGAAGAACUCGCUAACUAUUUGACUGAAUGAAUUCCAGUAAAACCUGGAAGCAUUCCAUAGGUAAAUGGAACAUUUGUUUUUAAAAUGUUCUACCAAGGCAAAAAAAAAAGGGUUUGAGAGGAAUAAAUCUGUACAUUGAGGGUGUACCAUCAAUCCUAUGUGUAUGAAUGAACUGGAAUUAAAAUCUCAAGACUUGUGCUGUUUGAA